GGUCAUGACCAUUUUGUCACUGUGAGACUGUGAGUCACCUGUUACCAAUUAACACCACCUCUUCGUAACGCGAAAGGUUAUCCUAAUUUCUAAUAUACAGAUAGAGUUUGCGUGUGAUUUGUUUUCUAGUUAUGAACUUGAGAUAAUAUUUAGAUAGUGUUUGUGUGUGCAUUUUUCUUUAGAUUGUAGGUGAUGUGUUCCGGUCUACAUAAUUAUAUUAACUCAGGGAAGAGGUCAACAUUUUUCUCCUCUCAUGAGGAGACUGACUUGGUUAUUGAAUCGAAACCAAAGAUACAAAAAGCUCGACUGAAAAAAGCAAAGAAACUUCAUCUCCAGAGACAACUUUGUAUAUCUGAUCUGUGCAAUUUCCUUGUUACCCUAGUCUCAUGGCUUCCUCCUCUUCUUCUUCUUCUUUACCUCAAACCUGGAGAUACCGUGUCUUCACGAGCUUCCACGGCCCGGACGUCCGUAAAACGCUGCUCAGUCAUGUACGCAAACAGUUUAGUUGCAAUGGGAUUUCGAUGUUCGAUGAUCAGUGGAUCGAGAGAAGCCAAACCAUUGCUCCUGCACUCACACAAGCGAUUAGAGAAUCCAGGAUCUCCAUCGUGGUGCUCUCGAAGAACUAUGCUUCUUCCAGCUGGUGUUUGGAUGAGCUGGUCGAGAUUCUCAAGUGCAAGGAAAGUAUGGGACAAAUUGUGAUGACUGUCUUUUACGGAGUAGAUCCAUCUCAUGUUCGGAACCAGACCAGAGAUUUUGGGAUUGCUUUCGAUGAAGCUUGUGAAGGGAAAACAGAGGAGAAGAUGCGAAUAUGGAGACAGGCUUUGACCAAUGUGGGAAACAUAGCUGGAGAACACUUUCUAAACUGGGACAAUGAAUCGAUGAUGAUUGAAAAGAUUGCUAGAGAUGUUUCACACAAACUAAACACUAGAAUCUCUAGAGACUUUGAAGACAUGGUGGGUAUUGAAACACAUUUGAAGAAGAUGCAGUCUUCGUUACAUUUAGAUGAUGAUGAUGAGGACGAAGCUAUGAUAGUUGGAAUCUGUGGCCCUACAGGCAUUGGCAAGACUACCAUUGCCAGAGCUUUGCAUAGCCGAUUCUCUAGCAGUUUCCAGCUUACUUGUUUUAUGGAGAAUAUUAGGGGAAGCUGUAACAGUGGCCUUGACGAGUAUGGAUUGAAGAUGCAUCUGCAAGGAAACCUUCUUUCAAAGAUUUUGAACCAAAAUAGUAUGAAACUAUACCAUUUAGGUGCGAUACAGGAAAGACUAUGCGACCUAAAAGUGCUUAUUGUUCUUGAUGAUGUGGACGACCUGAAGAAACUUGAGGCUCUGGCUGAUGAAACUAGGUGGUUUGGUCCUGGAAGCAGGAUUAUCGUAACCACAGAAGACCAAGAGAUUUUGGAGCAACAUGGUAUCAGCAAUACAUACCAUGUGGAUUUUCCAACUAGAGAAGAAGCUCGUCAGAUCUUCAGUAGAUUUGCUUUUAGACAGAGCUAUCCGCCCUAUAAUUUUGGAAGACUUGUGGAAAGAGUAACAAAGCUUUGCAGCAACCUUCCAUUGGGUCUCCGUGUCAUGGGUUCAUCUUUGCGCGGAAAGAAAGAAAAUGAGUGGGAAGUUAUUCUGAAUAGGCUAGAAAAUAGCCUUUGUCAAGAUAUCGAGAGAGUACUCAAAGUUGGAUACGACAAUUUACAUGAGAAUGAUCAAUCUUUAUUUCUUCACAUUGCAUGCUUUUUCAACUUGGAGCAGGACGAUUAUGUGAUGGCCAUGCUCUCUGAGGGUAACUUAGGGUUAAAAACCCUGGCGUAUAAAUCUCUAAUAGAAAUAUCCACCCAAGGAAAAGUAGUGAUGCACAAGUUACUACAACAAAUGGGUUCACAAGUUGUUCAAAGACAAGAGCCUUGGAAACGCCAAAUCUUAAUUGAUGCUCAUGAGAUUUGUGAUGUCCUGGAAACUGAUUCGGUAAUUUCUUUUUCUAUAUUUGAUAAUCCUUUAAACUGGAUAAUUUGGCAAAGACCCUCCUCAUAUGAUCAUAUAUCUUACAAAUCUCAAGAAGAUGAAUCUGAACGGGUCCAAGCAUCUGAAGGAAUUCCCGGAUCUUUCAAAUGCUACGAAUCUUGAGGAUUUGGUUCUGGAUAACUGCGAAAGUUGCUCUGUUGGAAGUCUUCAUAAAUUAAAGUAUUUGUUUAUGGCAAACUGUUUGAAUCUACAACAUGGUCCGACUCACUGUAAUUUGGCAUCUCUUAAAAUUUUCAAGCUGAUAGGAAGCCGGAACUUGAGGAAAAUUCCAGAUCUUUCCACCAACAUCACUACACUCCUAGUCAUGGAAACAAUGUUGGAAGAAGUGCCUGACUCAUUUAGGCAUUGGUCUCGCCUUAGGCGUCUCUGUAUAUAUAGCUGGGUGCCAACUCUUGAGAAAAUUCCAGAGUUCAUCAAAUACCUUCAUGGGUUAAAAGUGCUUCAGUUACGAAACUUGCAUCGCUGCCAGAGCUCCCUGGCUCGCUCACAAGUCUAAUGGUAGCCUCUUCUGUAUUGCUGGAGACGGUAUCCUUCUCUUUUGACUCUACAAUUGAGAUUCUCUGUUUCCCCAACUGCUUCAAAUUAGGCAGAGAAGCAAGCAGAGUAAUUACGACGAUUGCAUUGCCUACCUGGAAGCAAAAUACCUGUGGAGUUUGAUCACCGAGCUGUAGGAAACUCCCUGAUCAUUCGUUCAGAUUUCAAAAGAUUUAGGAUUUGUGUCGUAAUUUCCCUUAAGGAGAAGAUGGAAAAAGAUUUUCCCGAGUUAUUGUGUCGCAUAGGCAUAAACGAUUGCUACGCUGAGAAGCUCAUACCCGAGGGUGUCCAAAGAAUAGAAACAGAGCAUAUGCUUAUAUCUUCCUUCGACUUGCUUGACAAAGACGGGUGGCUUCGUUUGAAUUCAGCGCCACGUCUCAGAACCUCGAAAUUAUUGAAUGUGGUGUCCAGAUCUUGGUAGACAAAACCGACUGAAACAGAAGCUAUUAGAUCAAGAACACUCCAGUAACUCGCGAGGAACAUCAAAAGCUGUUCGACAGCAGCAGGCAAGAUGAUGACAAUGCUGUUGUUUGCAGAAUGCUCAGCUGGUUGUCUCUUGCUCCUUUAGCUUUUAGAGGUUUCUUAGUCAUUGAAAAUCAAAUUCUCUUUGGUGAUCUGAAGUUUGGAAACUCUUUCGGAUCAUAACCAAUGGAUUUUAGAGUUGAUUGUUGGAUCUGGCUCCUCCUCUGUUUUGAAUCUCUCCGAUUUCCUUAGAAGCACUGCAAGCUUGUUUUGGAGAAGAAGACAGAUAUAAUCAAGCUAGAACGUGUUCUUUGUUUGACUUUGUUGCCGUCUGUUAUAAAGAGAUAAAAGUAGAUUAUUUUUUUUUUUGAAACACAACUUCAUUAAAUUUAGUGACCAAUGUUUGGUGGUGCCAUAAUGGCAAGUUCAUCUAGUAAGCUAUGUUUUGCUAA